GUUCCUCUCAUAGACAUAAAAAACAAUGCAUUUGAUCGAACACUUUUCGAUUUAAUUUUGUUGAUCAGGAAAAACCCGAACUUGGUGGACAGUAGGACCACGCGGAUGCUGAUAGAAGUGGCAGAGCUGCAUAGGAAGCACCUGGGAGGACAGCUGCUGUUUGGCCCUGACGGCCUGCUGCACAUCGUCCUGGGAGAUGGCAUGAUCACCCUGGACGACAUGGAGGAGAUGGACGGCCUCAGUGAUUUCACAGGGUCUGUGUUGAGGGUGGACGUGGACACAGACUGCUGCACGGCUCCCUACUCCAUACCCAGGAACAACCCCUACUUCAACAGCACCAACCAGCCACCAGAAAUAUUUGCCCACGGACUGCAUGACCCAGGCAGGUGUGCCGUGGACCGGCAUCAUACGGAUAACAACGGGAGUCUCUUGAUCCUGUGCACGGACGCCAGCGGUAGGAACGCGUCAGCAGGGAGAAUACUGGCGAUCACUAAGGGGAAAGACUACGAGAACGAGGCGUCCAUCAUUGACCUGGCGACCAGUGGAGGAGCAGCACCUGUGGGAGGGUUCAUCUACAGAGGCUGUCAGUCCAGAAGGCUCUACGGGAGCUAUGUGUUCGGAGACAAGAACGGGAACCUGCGGAUCCUCCAGAAGGGCUCAGCGGCUGCGAGGGACCAGUGGCAGGAGAAAGCUCUGUGUCUGGGGACCAGCAGCUCCUGUGGCUCCGCUCUGGUGGGACAUAUCCUGGGCUUUGGAGAGGACCAACUAGGUGAAGUGUACAUCCUGGCCACCAGUAAAAGCAUGGCACAGUCACACAGUGGGAAGCUCUACAAGCUAGUGGACCCUAAAAGGCCCGCGGUCCCUAAGGAGUGUCAGAGACAGGUGGAGGCCCCGGAGCUGCUGGGAACGGCCUGCUCACGGCAGUGUAAGAACGGACACUGCACCCCCACCGGGAAGUGUUGCUGCAGCACCGGCUGGGAGGGACCCUUCUGCAGAGUGGCUAAAUGCGAGCCGGCCUGUCGUAACGGAGGCGUGUGUGUUGAGCCCCACAACUGCCUGUGUAAGAGUGGCUACUCAGGCGCCCAGUGUGAGAAGGGCGAGCAGGGCAUGCCUAGCGACCAGGAGAAGGACGGCAUCCUGGACCACAUCAUAGACAUGACCUCGUACCUGCUGAACCUCACUAGUUACAUGGUAUAGGGGCAUGGGGAGGGGGUCCACUCCCACCGCACCCCCCUCGGCCCCCUUACUCAACCACCGGAGAAGCCCAAGCAGAGCCUCCCUCCUCCGUGAUUCCCCCCUGAGAGACACCCCCCUGUCUGGACGUACCCUGUCCCCGUCAACACCCAGACUCUGGUCAUCUUCCUGCCCAUAAGCUCCGGUAGGCUACGUACACCAGGCAUCCAGGCCAAGCAUCCCUCCAGAGACCAUCACACAGACAGACACAGCAACGUGAUGGUCUAAUGGUUGGACCUCCACUGUGGCUACAUAAGCUCUUUUAUACUCUUCUUCUCCAGGAGAAAGUUCCUCUCCUUCUCUCUCUGGAAGCCCCAUGCAGAUGACUUGAUAUUAGCACUGCACCCCUGCUGAGAACAGAGGGAGACCCCAUCGCGGUUCUCUCCACACAACAACAAAUAAACAGCGGCCAUUUUGACUGAAGCCUUACAGAGAGCGAAGGGGAGUCGGCUGAGCUGAAACACGGCGAGGCGGGCGGAGGCGUGGUGACUUAACUUAUCCCCCAGGACUGGAGAGUGGACAGGCCAAUACUGAGGAUUAGCUUUGGGUCUGCUUUCACCAACAAAACACAGCCUAUAUACAGCCUUUAAAUGAACAUGCCAAUCUCUUCAGCAUCAGCAAUGCAAUAAUACUGACACUGACUGAAGAGUUUCUGAUAAUCUUACUGUGCCGUGUAUAGAGCCCCAUACAGAGUCCUGUACUAUCUUGUUUAAAGGCGCUAAUAUGAACGACCAAUAGACCAAUGUCACAGUAAUAAUAAUAAUGAUUGUUAUUUUGACCCACUGUUUUCUCCGGGUGAUGUUUUGUGGGCACAUGUUCAUAGAAAAAGCUACGUUAUGAUACUUCAUGAUACAGCGGUAUAGAUUUGUUGCUCAUCGCUCACUUGACAUGCUGCCAAUGUACAGAAUGGAUCCAUAGCUGAAGAAUGAGUGUCUUUGAACUCAACAGGUCUAUAGAUCUAUAGAGUUUAUAUGACUGUGGCCCUAAUGGCACCCCGUAUAGUGCACUACUUUUGGCCAGAGCCCUAUGGGCCCACGUCAAAAAUAGUGAGCUACAUACGGAACAAGGGUGCCAUUAGGGACAGAGUCUAUGACAUUGUUAGGAUAGAGCUCAUAGCUUUGCACUCCCAAUGUCAACGGCAGUUCCAUACAUUUGAAAUGGAGUCAUCAACUCCACGCACUGUAAUGUAAUGGUUUUUGUGUUUCACAAUCAAGGGCAGACGAUUAGGUUGAGACUAGUACGGUGUCAUACAGCAGUGACAUUGUCGCACAUUAACACAGUGGCACGCAGCAGGUCAAAUCUCACUCUUAAUCUCUCACACUGAACACACACACACACACUCGCUACACAACUUCAUUGGUAGUUAUAAAGGGACAGAAGCUGAUGUAUAUUUCAUACAAUAAGAGCUGAACUAAGUACUACUUAGCCUUGCUAAAUAAUAUAGCAUUACUAUUGUUUUGAUAGAGGAGGGUUUAUUUUUUUAACUGUGAUAAUGUAUGGGAGAGGACGAUGUUUGUAGAAAGUGGUUUUGCAUUAAGCUUUAAAAAAUCGUGUUUUCUUUUUUCAUGUCUUUUUUUUUGCUAACACAAAAUGUAUGCAGUGUUUUUCCACUGUAUAAAGACACACAGCGACACGUGCAGUACAGAUCAGCACCGUGUGUUAAAGGCCAUGCAUGUCUACACCUGAAUGGAAGAGUUUGGAACCGAUCACUGAGACACAACACAAGGCUCGCUCUGUGUUUCCUUCCCGUAGUACGCCUCUGUCUGUGGCGUUCAACUGCAGCAUAACGGUCGGUGUUUGGUCUUUGUUUUAGAAAUGAUCCAAGUUUCGCUAGGCCACCAACUUAUUGGAGCUUGUUCACAGUCGGAUGAGUUCCUCCAGGUAGAUCAGAUGAAAGAUGGUUUCACACCAGACGCUCUACUCUACAUACUGUGAGACGUUCAGAUAAGACAGAUGGAAUGAUAAAAUGUGUCAAGUAUGAACCCAGACUUCUUUGAUCCACUUUGUGGUGAACUGUGAUCCCUUAACAAAUGAACAGCAUGAAGAAGACUUUGCUCAUCUCAAAGCCAGGGAUCUAAACCGUCUUCGGCAAGCCAAACGACAAUUAAAAAAAGACUCUACUUAUGUUGGAGCCCAUCGAUGUGUUGUCGUUCUUCUGAAGACUGUAUAAAACACAUCGCAUAACGCCACUAAUGUACACGUUGAUCAGGAUUGGUUCAUUUGAUAUAGUGCCAUUGCAAAUUCCUUGAUACCAUAUUAAUCUUGAGUCUCCUGACAGUAGUUGAGCAAAGAGCAAAGCAACCUCUUACAUCUUGUGCCAAUGUUGUCUUUUUUAAGUGCCUGCCCCCCACACAAUUGGAAUGUCUUUAUUUCUAUGAUCAUAUUUUGUUUUGAGUUCCCGUUCUAAGCAUGGUUAGAAGUGUUCAGGGUUUUCCAAUUCCUCUCACUCUCUCUCUCUCUCUCUCUGUUUUGUUUUCUCCUCUGUAACUUCAAUGACAGCAGUUGUUGAACCUCUGUCUCGCCAGUGUUCUCUCUGGUCUAUAAUGCGUCAAAUGGAACUCAUGCUGUAAAGUCGAUAUUAUAAUUUUAGCACUUAAUGUGAAACUUGCAUUUUAGCUGCUGAGACGGCGUGGUGUGAAUAAAUAGAGUAACCGUUUUCAUUAUUUAAGUAGUUACGCAAACAAAGUUAUUUAAGUUCUCUACAAUUGUUUUUGCCGCUGUAUGUGACGAUUUAGAUUUUGAUCAUGUAUUGUAAAUAAAACCUAGGGCUAUCUUUGUUUCUUUUCAGAAAUAUCUAUAUGUCUAUUAAAGUUUAUAGCAUGUCUGAAAA